AUGAUCAAGCCCACCCAGGCCGCGCUCCUCGCGAGUGGAUUUCUGCUAUUCACUGGUCUCACCCCGAUCAAGACCCUCCUCGCGCCACACCUCGAUAUGACCCCCGCCGUCCUGGGAUGGUCCCUCGCCUCCCUCGCAUGGGCUCUUGUCCUCCUCGGCGUCUCAAGUGUGCUCCGUACGCCGCUGAUCUUCGCGUGGAACUGCUUCGUCAAGCCGUUCCUUCCAGUCAACAAAGAUGGCGGACAGAAGGCGCACCUCGACGCGUUCUACGAGGGUCAGGCCGACGUGUACGACAGCACCCGCACCCAUCUCCUCAAGGGCCGUGAGACGAUGCUCCAGCUCCUCGCCUCACACCUGAAGGCGCAGCCAGUCCCGCCGUCGGAGAAGCACAAGAAGCGUAUCUGGGUUGACAUUGGCGGAGGUACGGGGUGGAACAUUGAGCACAUGGACCAGUAUCUUCCACACACGUACUGGGACGCAAUCUACCUUGUGGACUUGUGCGAGCCGCUGCUUGAGGUUGCCAAACGUCGGUUUGCCGCCAAGGGAUGGAAGAACGUCCAUGUGCUGUGCCAGGACGCGAGCAGGUUCGUGCUCCCCGAGUGGGAGAGCGGGGAGCUUGACCCCCGCGGCUCGCUCACCGCCAUAACUCUGUCGUACUCACUCUCCAUGAUUCCGCCGUUCUAUCAGCUCCUCGACCGCUGCGACCAGGUGCUCGACCCACAACGCGGUCUCCUCGGUGUCGUCGACUUUUACACCUCCCGCGACGCCGGGGUCAAGGAGAGGGCCCUGGGAACCCAGAGCAAGCGCGUGUCCUGGAUGGCCAAGUGGUUCUGGGAGUGCUGGUUCGAGUUUGACAAUGUCCACCUUCACCACUCGCGCCGCGACUACCUGGAGUACAAGAUGGGCACGAUCAAGACCUACAACGCGCGCAACAAUUUCCUCAACUCGUGGUUCAUCUCGAUUCCCUUUUACAUCUUCCUCGGUUGCUCGCGCCAGCGCGACGCCACGGCUGCCUCGCGCGCUUUCGAGAUCGAGGCUGGCAACCGCCUCGGCCAGGGACGCGGUGGGCUUCUCACUCCUUCGUCCCCGUUCGCUUGCUCUCCUAUGUCGUCGCCUGAGAAGCUCGGUGCCGUUCCAGAGAUCACCAUCGGCCCUGCGGCCAUUGAGCGCGCUGUCGCCGAGGGCGAUUACACGCAGACCCUUUUCGAUGCUGGUGCGCCCCUCUCGCCUUUCCACUACCAGCUCCGCAAGGCCUGGCGCGUCCCCUACCUCGAGGAGAAGGUACACCAGGAGUUCCGCACGCACAUCUACGGCUGGACGUGGGAGGACCCUGACGUGGACGUCAAGCGUCUCGGUCUCAACAAGGAUGACGAAGUUCUCGCCAUCACGUCGGCAGGAGAUAACGUGUUGCAUUACGCCCUGGCGGCGCAGUGCAAGCGUGUGCAUGCGGUCGACAUGAACCCGUGCCAGGGUCACAUCCUCGAGCUCAAGCUCGCCGCGAUGCAGACGCUCGACUACGCUGACUUCUGGCGUAUCUUCGGCGAGGGUGCACACCCGGACUUUACCAAGCUGUUGACCAGCAAGAUGGCGCCAUUCCUCUCGAGCCAUGCUUACGCGUACUGGAUGAAGCACGCAGACCAGUUUCAGCGCAACUUUUAUUUCCGCGGCUACUCGGGCUGGGCUCUGCGCCUGGCUCAGAUCGCGUUCUUCCUCGCCGGCGUGCGCGGCGAUGUUCAGCGACUUUGCAAGGCGUCUAGCACGGCCGAGCAGCAGCGCAUCUGGGACAGUCGCCUCCGGCCAGUCAUCCUGAACAGCAUCAUGCUCAAGGUUCUCGGUAGCCCCGCUUUCAACUGGCAUGCGCUGGGCGUGCCCCGCAACCAGAUGAACUGCUUCCUCGCAGACGGCUCGGUCUCUGACUUUGUUCGUGCGACCUUUGACCCCGUGCCCGGGUACUCGAACAUCAAGGAUAACAACUACUUCUACUUCCUCUGCCUGAAUGGCCGCUAUACGCGCUCCUCAUGCCCUGCCUACCUCAAGCCGGAGGGGUUCAAGGCGCUGCGUGACGCCCGGGUCAACAACGCAUUGAAACUUCACACGGACACCAUCCUCAAUGUGCUCCGUGGCCUUCCUGACGAGAGCUUAACCAAGGUCAUCGUCAUGGACUCAAUGGACUGGUUCGACCCGAUCCCCGCUGAUCGCCCGCUCCCGCCAAUCGACGCGGCGCUCGACCAGGCUGAGGAGUCGCCCGAAGCCGCGCUCGAGCACCUCCGGUCCGAACUCGAUUUUGAGAUCCUCGAGAUGCGCCGCGUCCUCCGCGUUGGCGGGCACGCAGUGUGGCGCUCGGCAGCCAAAUACCCCUGGUACAGGCAGCGCUUCGAGCUGGCGGGCUUCAAGGUCGAGCCAAUCGACAUCCGCGAGAACAACCAGGCGAUCGACCGCGUCAACAUGUACGCGUCCUUCUGGCGUGCCGAGAAGAUGGCUUAA